UAAACGCAAUGGCUAGUCGUCAACACGUCUAGCUCAGGCUUUAUUUUAAUUCAUUCAUUGUUAAAGACUGUACUAUUUUUAUUCUAUUGGCAUAGUUUAUAGAACGCGUUAAAAAAAAACAUUGUGAUGUUCGAAAAUUUCAAAUCGGAUUUCAAAUUGAAAUGGCGGCAAUAUUUGGCGGCAUCACUAGCCAGCUAUGGCAGUCUGUGCACAGGCAUGUCUAUGGGCUGGACGUCCCCAGUGUUCCCCCAGCUGCGUUCAGAGAACUCCCCUUUACCCCGUGAACCAACUUUACAAGAGGAAAAUUGGAUUGGUUCACUGUUGGUGCUUGGCGGGUUAUUAGGACCCUUAAUCACAGUACCUCUAUCGAACCGUAUCGGUCGACGCUGGAUCAUAAUAUGCUCAAAUAUUCCGCUCUUACUGGGCUGGUUGUUGGCUGGUGUUGCCACGAGUUUACCCACGUUAUAUGCAGCUAGAGUGAUGUGGGGUUGCGCAACUGGCAUGCAAUUUGCAACCGUACCUUUGUAUAUUGGGGAAAUUGCUGAGGACAAAAUUCGAGGAGCUCUAAGUGCAUUUUUCCUCCUAUUCAUUAACAUAGGGUUCCUUUUAGCAUAUGCUAUUGGACCAUUCUCGACUUAUUGGGGUCUUACAGCUUCGGGGGGCAUUCUGUCGCUUUUCUACGUGCCUUUCACAUACAUGAUCCCGGAAACACCUUUCUUCUUAGUUUAUAAAGGUAAUAUAGAUGAAGCCUCAAAAGUACUGCAGAAGUUACGAGGUCUACCCAAAGCUGGUGUUCAGUCUGAGUUAGAAGGUCUUCAAGCAAUGAUAGCGAGAGAGUUCAGGACAGAGCCCAGUAUUAAAGAUCUGUGGGCUACUAGAGGCAACCUUAAGGCUUUGGGUAUUUGCGUGUUCCUGGCCAUGUUACUGCAACUAUCUGGUAUAGACGUGCUGCUGUUCUACAUGGAGGAGUUGCUAGUGAAGGUGGGCACCAGGAUCUCGGCUGCUGACGGUACUAUCAUUAUGGGGGUUGUCCAGGUGGUCACAAGUUGUAUCACUCCGCUGGUGGUGGACAGGUUGGGCAGAAAGCUCCUCAUGUGGACUACAUCACUUGGACUUUCAAUAUUUUUGGGUAUUAUAGGCGUGUAUGCAUUAUUGGAUUCUCACUACAAAUAUAACGUGGCGCCGUACGCAUUCCUGCCGCUUCUCUGCCUUAUUGUGUAUAUGAUUCUCUUCACCCUGGGGGUGGGUCCGGUGCCGUGGAUCCUGGUGGCGGAGAUGUUCCCGGCGCGCAGCAAGUGCCUCGCGAGCGGCAUCGCCUCCUUCUGCUGCUGGCUCGCCGGCUUCGUGUGGACCAGGUUCUUCCGUGACGUAGCGGCGUCGUAUGGCAUUUACACUGCGUUCUGGAUACUAGCUAUAUGCUGCGGUUUCGGUUUUAUAUUCUCUAUCAGUCCCUUGUUACCGGAGACGAAAGGAAAAACCUUCGACGAGAUACAAGAAAUGUUAAAUAAAGGAUCAAAGGAAAAUAAACCAGUGGACGUGUAAUACAAUCUUAACUGUUAUUGAAGAAUGCUUAUCAAGUUACUUGUAUAAAUCAGAGAAAAAUAUAAAAGGAAUAGCAUUGGCUUCAGAAUCGAUCCUUGUGAAACUCCUGUGGAAACUAUUUGUUUUUAAGUAGGUGCUUUUACACACAUUCGAAUAAAAAUUAUGAAUGUAUUUGAGAACAUUAGUUGCUGAUCUUUUGAACGACUUAGCAAUCAUCCAUUUGUAGAUUGGAACCAAAACAUUUUAUGUAUAAGAUUAGUCUAGAAAUUUUAGUUAAUUAGUUUAUAGUAAUAAGUUUUAUAUUAGUUAUGCCAUUAUUAUACAUAAAUCUCAUCACAAUAAAUAUAACUAGAAUCGUGCUGAUUUUAUCAUGACCUAAAAAAUGUUUAUACAUCAUAUUAUAAUGUUGUUAUGCAUGCACUAGUUAAUAUUUCACAGCGGAAAUAAUAAUUAUUUGAAUUAAUUUCCACAAGAACUUAUUGCAACAACACAUAAAGAUUUAGCGAUAAAUGAGCUUUCAAAACUCCACAGUAUUUUAUAAAUGCGUAGAU